AUACAACACAACUGACACAAAAUGAUGUCAAAAAGUUUUGUUUUGAUUCUACCUUCUUAAUUAAAUGUUAAAGACUUUAUAGUGCUAAAAGUUUUAUUUGUGUUAAUAGUUUUGCCUUACAAACAAUGGAAGUUAAUAUAAAUAAUGCAUUUUUUAUUGUUGUUAAAAUAUCUUGGAAAUAUUGUAACAAUAGUCUUGAAAAUGUUACUAUAACAUUUUUGAAGACUUUUGAAUGGUUAAUCAUUGCGCUACUAGAAAAUCCAGUUUUUACCACGCUGUUUCUGACAACCUGCGCUAUUUUUAUUCUAAUAUUAAUAUCUGCAUCGAUUCUAAUUAAUACAGCAGUUUCCUGUCUUCUAGCUGUUAUCAUUGUAUGUGAAGGUAUUAUUGGUUUGGCGUUUAUGUUAUUAUUGGGAAUCAUCUUGAGUUGUUUUACAUUAACUUUGGCAGUUAAACAUGGAAUGCAUAUGUGGUUGAUUAAAUUAUUCAAACUCGAUACUUAACAAAUGCUAUAAAAAUAAAUAAU